UGUAAUAUAAUUGUUAAAUGAUACGUUAAUUGAAAUAAAGCGCUUGUCGAGUAUAUUUUUUUUAAUUAUUAUAUUAUCGCCCUUGCUUUCGACCUGUAAAACAGAAAGGAAUAUAUUUAAUUCAGAUUAAUAAGGUAUAUUGUGAGACUAACUCAGUUUACGCGGAAUGAGUUUGUAUGUGGGAGGACAAUAAGCCAUCAUGAAACUUACAGAAACAUCGAAAGAUGACAGGAGACCGAUUUAUGGAUAAUACUUUUGAUUUUGAUAAUUCUGGACUGAAAUUCUCGGCUAAAUAUAAAUUCCCUCAGUUGUGUACAAAAUGUGGUCAGUACAGUGGAGAAAGACACAAAUACUGUCUUGUAUGUGUAGACAAGAUGAGAAGACAUCCGUCAUCAGAUAAACUGGAAGAUGACUCUUUUGUUGGUAUUUUUAGUUCAAGAACACCACGAAAAAGACCACCUCAAAGUUUUCGUUUUGGUCAAACUUUAGCCAACAAUUUAUGUACAGUUUGCAAGUCCGAUGAAAAGCAGUUUCAUUCAACUUUAUGCUUGAAGUGUGAUGCCAACAGGAGAGAAUUAUCAAAAAGUAGAGACACCUCAUACUCGCUACAUUCAUUUGGAAGUCAAGAUUUGAUUUUAGCUCUCAGUCAAAGUUCGUCUUCUCUAGUAGGUUUUGGAAGGAAACCUGAUGUGAAGUGUAUAGUUUGUCGAAAGCAUAUCGUUUUAGAACAAAAUGGAAUGUUGUGUAAAAAGUGUUUAGCAAAAUCAAAGAAUCAUGCGCCUGUUGGUCGAUUUUUCAAGGAAAUUGAACGAAUAACGAAAGAAGCGGCAUCCGUGAAGGAAGAAUUUCUUAAUAUGGAACCUGUUCGUGGGAGCAUUCAGUGGGAAAUAUCAUAUAAUGCUCGGAGGGAAUCAUUGAAACAUCUCCUUAACAGUAUAGUUAUAAUGCGAUCAAAGAACAGGGAUGAAAAGAAUAAACAAGAUGAUGCUAUUUAUUAUAUUAAAACUCUGAUUGAAGAAUGUACUAUUCAUUUUGAAAAGCUCCGAUUUCAUACAGACAAAACAGGAAAUACGUUGGUUACCUUUCAUACUUGAGGUCUGUUAAACAAAUACCAAACGCAACUACACAGUGUUAUAUUAGGGAAAUGUAAAAUGCAGUUAUAUUGUUGUACCUUAUUACAUGUAUAAUAUAUUUGAUUAUGUUAUGUUUAUGUUUAAUCUUAAUUGUUAUCAAUGUUUUCAUUAA